AUGUCAUGUGUUAUUUAUUGUUUUGAUUUUUUUGUGGCACAACAACGGUGCCAAAAAUUGCUUAACACAUUUCUUUUAAAAACCAUAAACGUAAAUCUCGAAAGAAAUUCACAUUGAAUGGCGGACGACUCAUCUGAUAGCGACUACCAUGUCGAGGAGUUUGUAAAACCAAAGCGUGUGCGUCACACAGCCAAUGGCGACACAGCCGAUUUGCUGGGCAAUUUCGAUGAUGUCAAACGCAAGGAAAUACUGGAUGGCACUUACGAAGAAAAAACAACAGAAGACAAUUCAAGCGAGAGCGAACUGGACGAUACGGAUAAUGAAGAGGACGGCAGUGAAGAACAGGAAAUACCAGCUAAUGGCGAAGCACAAAAUGCAAGUGAAACGAAUGGUGAGGCCGAGGCAAGUGGUGAUAGUGAGAAGGAGGACGACGAUGAGGUGAAAACAAACUUAUCAAAAGAACAGCUCGCCGAUUUGAUGCGCGGUGCUGCCAAGGCCAAUCGUCAUGUGCUUUAUGUGACAAAUUUAAAUUUCGAGACUACAAAAUCUGACUUGGAGUCACAUUUCGGCGGCGCUGGCACAGUAAAAGGUGUGCGUAUACCAAAGAAGCGACGCGGUGGUUUCGCAUUUGUCGAAAUGGCUGAUAUUGAGGGCUAUCAACGUGGCUUCCAACUACAUAAUUCUACACUCCAAGGACGUACGAUUAAGGUGCAAUUUUCGGAAGCGGGCAAAAAGAAGUCUGCAAAUAAGAAAAAUAUAUUGAAACAGAAAAACAGAAAGCUGGCGGAAAUGCGGAAUGAGCAGAAAACAUUUACGAAGAGCGGUAAAUUUUAUGAUAAAAAUCUGAAAAAAGAGAAAGCAAAAGAUUUGCUGGCACGUAAACGUUGGCGCAAGCCGGCGGGUGCACGUGCAGCGAGAACUUAAUUUCAUAUGUAUUUUUAAUUAAAUAUAAUAUUCUUAAUAAAGUUUAUUAUAAUAUAUUUUAACACCAGA